CCGGAAUUGGGGGUGAAGCUCCAGCGUCUUGCCCACAAUCGGGGCGCUGGGAGCCGGGGGUCCCUGGGGGCCGCCCGCAGUUAAGAUGGCGUCUGCGGCGGAGGGGGACAUGGGGACAGCGGCGGAGCCGACCUGGUGGCUACCGCCAGGGCUGGAAGAGCUGAGCUUGAGCAAGUUGGCGACGUCCCUGGGCGCGUCGGAACAGGCGCUGCGGCUCAUCAUCUCCAUCUUCCUUGGCUACCCGUUGGCUCUGUUUUACCGGCAUUACCUUUUCUACAAGGACAGCUACCUCAUCCACCUGUUCCAUGCAUUCACGGGCCUCUCCAUCGCUUACUUUAACUUUGGGUGCCAGUUCUACCACUCCCUGCUCUGUAUUGUGCUUCAGUUCCUCAUCCUCCGACUGAUGGGCCGCACCGUCACUGCCGUCCUCACCACCUUUUGCUUGCAGAUGGCCUACCUUCUUGCUGGGUAUUAUUACACUGCCACGGGCAACUAUGAUAUCAAAUGGACGAUGCCACACUGUGUCCUGACAUUGAAGCUGAUUGGUUUGGCUAUUGACUACUUUGACGGAGGGAAAGAUCAGAGCAGCUUGACCACUGAGCAACAGAAGUAUGCCUUCCGUGGUGUCCCUUCCCUGCUGGAAGUUGCUGGUUUCUCCUACUUCUAUGGGGCCUUUUUGGUAGGUCCCCAGUUCUCCAUGAACCACUACAUGAAGCUGGUGCAGGGGAAGCUGACAGACACGCCAGGGAAGAUGCCAAACAGCACCGUGCCUGCUCUCAAGCGCCUGAGCCUCGGCCUUGUCUACCUAGUGGGUCACACGCUGCUCAGCCCACAUAUCACAGAGGACUACCUGGUCUCUGAAGACUAUGAAAAUCGCCCUUUCUGGUUCCGCUGCAUGUACAUGCUGAUCUGGGGCAAGUUUGUGCUGUACAAAUAUGUCACCUGUUGGCUGGUCACAGAAGGAGUGUGCAUCUUGACGGGGCUAGGCUUCAAUGGCUUUGGAGAAGACGGAAAAGCCAAGUGGGACGCCUGUGCCAACAUGAAGGUGUGGCUCUUUGAGACGACACCCCAGUUCAACGGCACCAUUGCCUCCUUCAACAUCAACACCAACGCCUGGGUGGCCCGUUACUUCUUCAAACGCCUCAAGUUCCUUGGAAAUAAACAACUGUCCCAUGGUCUCUCAUUGCUGUUCCUGGCCCUCUGGCAUGGUCUCCACUCAGGAUACCUGGUCUGCUUCCAGAUGGAGUUCCUCAUCAUCAUUGUGGAAAAGCAGGCUGCCGCCCUCAUUCAGGACAGCCCAGCCCUCAGCAGCCUGGCCUCCGUCACUGCCUUGCAGCCCUUCUUCUACGUGGUACAGCAAACCAUCCACUGGCUCUUCAUGGGCUACUCCAUGACCGCCUUCUGCCUCUUCACAUGGGACAAGUGGCUUAAGGUGUAUAAAUCUGUCUAUUUUAUCGGCCAUGUCUUCUUCCUGAGCCUACUAUUCACACUGCCUUACAUUCACAAAGCAAUGGUGCCAAGGAAAGAGAAGUUAAAGAAAAAGGAGUAAUUGGAUUUUCUGGUGGCCUAGAACAAGACUGGUGCAGAAACUACUUGGCCCUCUUUCACAGCACUCCCUCAUCCAGAGCACAGAAAGCCGGGGAGCUGGGAGCCAGAAGCUGUGUGCUCCCAGCUGUGCUUCUGCUCAGUGGCCAAAGGGGAGGCUUUUGUGGGAGGAGCAGGGGGCUUCACCCCCGCCCCAUGCUUCCCCAUGCACGUUGCCUUAUCUCUCCCCUCCAGCCAGGAAUCUGCUGUGUUCUGCCAAUUUCCUACAACUGUCUGCCACCUCCCUCAUGGGGGGAGGAGAGGGUACAAGGCCCCACCUGCUCCACUUUUUCUAUCUUGGAACUGUACCAGAUAAAAUCACUUCUGUUUAUUGGUUUUUCA